GACGGUCCGGUCUCAGCGCAGCGUGGAUCCGUGUUGUGUCCGCGCGUGUCUUCGUCACACGUUACGGCCACGGUGUUGCACGACGGCUGCGGGCACGCGAGCCCACUUUUGAUGCCACGGUUUACACACCUGUCUGUGCAUUGACGAGGACUCGUCGUUGUUGCUCUUCGGACACAAUGAAGAUGAGAGAGGUGAAGAUUAUAAACCAGGGUCUGGAGGAUGAGAUGGAGGUGUGGGGUUACCAGCCCUGUUUGUGGAAGAGGGUCCUGGUGGGUGGAGGUGCUGUGUGCUCCGGAGGUCUCCUGCUGCUCCUGCUCUACUGGCUGCCUGAGUGGGGUGUUAAGGGCACCUGCACACACACCUCGCUGAGGGACGCACACACACUGCUGCUCAGGACCACGGAUGAGUUUAAGCAGUGGUUUCGAGCCAAAGUUCACGUGAUGUCGGCUCCGGGGAAGAAACCCUUUGACAGCUUGGAUCUGCAGUCCACGACCCGACGGCCCAACGUAGGCGGAGACCACGGCAUCAGCGCUGUGCACGAGGAGCAUCAUGGGAAAAGUAGACAACCUUUUCAGAUCCACUACUUCACCCACCACAGUACUAAAUACUACUGGAACGAUAUGAUACAGAACUAUGAAUUUUACAAAGGCUUGGAGGAUGUAAAGGUGAGCUGUCCAAGCAUCCACUCUGACCACAGCCCUGGACUUUCUAAAACACUGCAGGACUACAGGAGGUUGUUCUUUGGGGAGAAUGAGAUUGCCGUAAAGGUGCCGUCUCUAUUCAAGCUCCUCAUAAAGGAAGUCUUGAAUCCCUUCUACAUUUUCCAGCUCUUCAGUGUCAUCCUUUGGAGUGCUGAGGACUACUACUAUUAUGCUACAGCCAUAGUUUUUAUGUCUGUGAUUUCAAUAGCUACCUCACUGUACACCAUUAAAAAACAAUAUGUGAUGCUGCACGACAUGGUGGCCGCACACAGCGUGGUCCAUGUUUCAGUGUGCAGAGGAAGUAAAGAUAUUGAACAGGCCAUGUCAACCGAUCUCGUGCCUGGUGAUGUCAUCAUUAUUCCAGCCAACGGGAUGGUCAUGCCCUGCGACGCUGUGCUCGUACAUGGGACCUGCAUUGUAAAUGAAAGCAUGUUGACAGGAGAGAGCGUGCCAGUUACCAAGACAAGUCUGCCCAGUUCAGGUGAGGAGGCGGCCAGGAGCUUCAAUAUGGAGGAGCAUAAAAGACACACCCUGUUCUGUGGGACCCACGUCAUCCAGACGCGCUUCUACGCCGGAGAGCUGGUGGAGGCUGUUGUCGUCAGAACAGGCUUCAGUACAGAGAAGGGCCAACUUGUGCGCUCCAUCCUCCACCCUAAACCCACAGACUUCAAGCUGUACCACGAUGCUUACCUUUUCUUGUUGUGUCUGGUGGGGGUGGCAGGCAUCGGCUUCAUCUACACCAUCAUCCUCAGCAUCAUGAACAAGGUUCCAGCUAAAACCAUCAUCAUUGAAUCUCUGGACAUCAUCACCAUCACCGUGCCCCCCGCUUUACCGGCAGCCAUGACAGCCGGUAUCGUGUACGCGCAGCGUCGUCUGAGGCGCGUCGGCAUCUAUUGCAUCAGUCCUCAGAGGAUCAACAUGUGUGGUCAACUGAACCUGGUUUGCUUUGACAAGACUGGUACUCUGACCGAGGAUGGUUUGGACCUGUGGGGUGUUCAGACAGCUGAAGGUGGCAGAUUUUCUCCCCCAGAGGCUGAUGCCGCGAUAGAAAGUCUGGUUAACACUGUGUUUGUGGCCGGCAUGGCCACCUGCCACUCACUGACCAAGAUUGAGGGCGUGCUCUCCGGAGACCCUUUAGACCUCAAGAUGUUCAGCGCUACAGGCUGGAUCCUAGAGGAGCCCACAGAGGAAGAGACUGCGCUCCACAAUCCCAUAAUGCCCACAGUGGUUCGACCUCCAAAGCACUCCGUCCCUGAAGCCAACCAGAACAAUCCACUAACUCACAACAUGGAGCUGUCUGAAUUAUCAGCCUGUGAGAUUGGUAUUGUGCGUCAGUUCCCCUUCUCCUCGACCCUGCAGAGGAUGAGUGUGGUGAUCAGGAGGCUCGGGGAAAAACACAUGCAUGCUUACUUGAAAGGAGCACCGGAGGUUGUGGCCAGCCUCUGCAAACCGCACACAGUCCCACAGAGCUUCACAGAGACUCUGGAGACUUACACCAGGCAGGGUUUCAGGGUUAUUGCCCUGGCACAUCGACAGCUGGAGUCAAAACUCUCCUGGCACAAAGUCCAGAGCCUCAGCAGGGACCUGAUAGAAACCAACAUGGAGUUCCUUGGUUUGAUCAUCAUGCAGAACAAAAUAAAAGAGGAGACUGCCGGGGUUUUACUUGAAUUACGGCAAGCUAACAUCCGCACUUUGAUGGUCACAGGUGACAACCUGUUGACGGCAAUAUCUGUAGCUCGAGAUUGUGGGAUGGUCCGUGCACAUGAGAGGGUCAUAAUUGCAGAUGCUGCGCCUCCAAAGGAUUUCCACCCUGCUAGUAUCACAUGGCAUUACACUGAAAACCCAGUUCAGACCAACAAGAACAAUCAGACUGUGGAGAUAAACCUGGAGCACGGGGUACACGACCAGAGAGUUACUCAGCAGGAACAAAGCUAUCACUUUGCUCUGACUGGCAGAGCCUUCGCUGUUGUCACCGAGUACUUCCCUCAGCUCGUCCAAAAGCUCGUGCUCAGAGGCACUGUGUUUGCUCGGAUGGCUCCGGACCAGAAAACUCAGCUGGUGGAAGUUUUGCAGAGCAUUGACUACACUGUUGGGAUGUGUGGUGAUGGGGCAAAUGACUGUGGAGCUUUGAAGAGAGCUCACAGUGGGAUCUCUCUAUCUGAGCUAGAGGCCUCUGUUGCUUCACCUUUCACCUCCACCACCUCAAACAUCUCCUGUGUCCCCAACCUUAUCAGAGAGGGCCGAGCUGCCCUCAUCACAUCGUUCUGCGUGUUCAAGUUCAUGGCUCUCUACAGCAUCAUCCAGUACCUCAGUGUCACCUUGCUCUACUCGAUUCUCAGCAACUUGGGAGACUUCCAGUUCCUCUUCAUUGACAUCGCCAUCAUUCUCAUCAUUGCCUUCACAAUGAGUCUGAACCCGGCAUGGAAGGAGCUGGUGUGGCACCGCCCCCCGUCCAGUCUGAUCUCCGGCCGGCUACUCUGCUCAGUUCUGACCCAGAUCCUCACCUGCCUGGUCUUCCAGGUCCUGGCUUUCCUCUUGGUACGUCAGCAGAGCUGGUAUGAGACAUGGACGCCUCAGUCAGAUGCCUGUAAUGUUUCCAGCUCCAGUCUCUCACACAGCUGGAAUGUAACGAGCCCCCACGACCACAAAAACAUCAAGAACUACGAGAACACCACCCUCUUCUACGUCUCCUCCUUCCAGUAUUUGGCUGUAGCCAUCAUUUUCUCCAAAGGAAAGCCCUUCAGACAGCCGAGCUACAAGAACUGGCCGUUCAUGCUGUCCUGCAUCAGUCUGUACACCUUCGUCCUCCUCAUCAUGCUGUAUCCGGUUCCUGCCAUCGACAGCUUCCUGGAGAUCGUGUGUGUUCCCCAUGACUGGCGCGUUACCCUGGUCAUUAUUGUCAUCGUGAAUGCGGCCGUGUCUUUCAUGCUGGAGAUUUUGAUCCUUGACAUCAUCUCGCGGAGGCUAGUUUUCAGAUGCAAUCAGGGGGUCAAUCGCCCCACAGAGCCGCUCUCUGCUGACACGCCUCAGGAGGCCAACGAUCGCUGGGGCUCGUCCUUUCUCUCCUGGUUGUUCUGUCGGAGAAACAAGCUCCCGAGGGUGCGCUACAUGCACCUGGCCCUGGAGCUGCAGGGCGACGCCGACUGGCCUCCCAGACCCUCCACUGUCACCUACGCCAGCGAUCUACAAUCCCACAUCGCUGUCCCCCUCUGACAACCAACGUGACCGACAAGCAAACUACCGCACAGACUAAACCUAAAACUUUAGCUUGAGUUAAGCUCAGAGAUGUGACAGAUGAUGUGUGUGGGAUUUUGAACCGGCUGGCCAAUCCAGGAGCCUCGUAAAGGUGAGGCGUCCUAUUGCAACGAAUGGCCGACUGCGUGAGCUGCUCAUACAGAAAGUUCUCCUUUUUGUUUCGGUUAACCUCAUCAGGAUAGACACACACUGCUGAAACUGGAGCCAGAGGCUUCUAAUAGUCCAACACUUUGGGAAAUAUGGAACUCUUAUUCGCUCUCUUGCUGAGAAGACUGAUAAGAGAGUGGUAUCAAUUCUUCUCGGCGAGAAAAUUAGCAUGCAGUAUAUCCCAAAAUGUUAAACUAUUAUUUUAAGAUGAUUACUAACUCAAAUGUACUUAACUACCAGUUGCAUACACUUGCCAUUGAGGUAUACGAGUGUCAAAUAAGUCUUUUAAUUGUUUCCAGCCGUGAUGGCAGCACAAGGUAUUGAGUGUCAUCACAGCAAAAUGUGGUCCUGGAGACACCAGGGCUGUGGUCGAAAUUAUAAGAGCUGUUUGAAUUCUGGAAAUGCUAAGGAAAGGUGUUUCAAUUCCUUUCUUAGCUCCUUUAGUAUAGGAUACACUGGGCCAUCCUUUACCAAAGGAAAGAAGAUAAUGCCGCCCCACAAUCCCUUGCGGCGGCAACAACAUUUAAAGUGACGCACCAUUCAUUUUAUAUGUAUUUAUUUACUUCAAACAUGUAACAAAUUUGUUACAUGUAAUAAAAUGAACAGUAAAUAUAUCAAACUGUCAAUGAACAAAUUCUCAUCCUCAAUAACAAGAAGCAUCAGUAAAAAAAAAAAGAAGAAAAAAAGCUAGUCCUAUGAUAGAACUGUUAAAAAGCAAUAAAUAACCGAAAGGUUGAAUCUGAAAUAUUGAUAGUUUCACAGAUAUUGCACACCUUAAUUGUGAGUUUCUACUGGAAGCAGUGUUGAUUGUAUGUAAGUGUGACAGCAGCAGGAAGGAAGGAGCUCAGGUUUCUCUCCUCCACAAACCGUAUGUUGCCUGCAUGCUAAAUUAUAAUAUAUUUCAUAGGAUAAUGUCGUCUUAGGUGCGCUUUUUGUAGUCCUUCUUCUUUCCUUGACCUCAUGAUGUUUUCCAUCGAGGUCAAGGAAAAGUGCUUAGGAAUAGACGUGAGGAGUUAAUGUUUUUACUUUUUGACCGUAGCCAACUGUAGCAGAAACUACCAACAUGGUCUCUAGUUUUAAAAAAUGUUUAAUAACGUGACCCAAUACUAUAUUAUACAUAAUAUACAGAAAAACAUUCCACUGCUGCAUUUCUGUCUCAGAGUUGCUUCGGUUGAAAUUCUUCCUGUGGAAGAGAGAAGCAGAACUUUCUGUGUCCCUUUUGGUGUGUGUGUGUGUGUGUGCGCGUGUGUGUGUGUGUGUGUGUGUGUGUGUG